AUGAACGAAACGGCUCGGCUGAUGCCCCCAGGCAUCGAUCAUAAUAGACCGUCCGCCUCUCCGAUCGACCAAAAACCCUCGUGGAGUGCCGGAGUGCAGAUGAUAAAUUUAUCCCCUCCAGCCGGCGAUCAAGCGGCACUUCUCGGAGUGAAUAGUGAACCUCUACAGAGCUCGUCUGGCACGAUGUCACGCGAAAAUGACGACAAUUGGGCCUCUGAUUUGGAUAAGAGCGGCGACGAUAUCUCCGGAGAUCCCGAAGGUGUUUGGUCACCCGACAUCGAACAGGCUUUCCAAGAAGCUCUCGCCAUUUACCCUCCAUGUGGUCGCCGGAAAAUCAUCCUUUCUGAUGAGGGCAAGAUGUAUGGUCGAAACGAGUUGAUCGCUCGCUACAUCAAGAUUCGAUGUGGGAAGACACGAACGCGGAAACAAGUGAGCAGUCACAUUCAAGUGUUGGCGAGGAAGAAGAUGAGAGAGCACACUGGCGGGAAAUCCGUCAAGCACGAAUCCGCGAAUUCCCCUCCAUCAGCGGCAACCCAAAAUGGGAAUUCCGCGUUACUCACCCAAAACUCAUCAGCCACGAAUUCUGCGGGAAUUCCCUCAAAUGGAGGAUCACCGGUGAAUGGACAAACUGUGUCCACAACGGCUUCUGAAGCGAAAAACAAUCAUUUACUAGCGCCGAUUACACAGCAAGCCCCACUCGUCCCUCCCGCCGUCACGACGAAUCCCGGGCUGAGCAAGGAACAAUUGCAAAUACAACAAUUGAGCCAAACUCUGUUCUCGGGCGGUUUCGUGAAUCCUUUCAUCCCGGGAAUGCCCUUCACAAAUGGAUGUACGCCAUUCACACCGCCUUUCGGAACAUUCAAGGACUAUUUGGGAGCCGAUCCAAACAAUCCCUUCUACGCGUUCACCCCGAUUCUCCCCAAAGCUUUCUCCCCUCCACAAAAAGCUUCUAAUCAAAUGGCGUCAAGUCGGCUCAUGUUAAGGGAAUUCACCGCCUAUGUCGAGGGAGAACAGGUGACACAACGCAAAGAAGUCCUCCGAAUCACCACGUCGAAAGACGCCGAUCUUGUGGAUGUCGAAUGGAAUGACAUCGCCGACAGUUUCCAAGAUAAAGCCCAACAUUUGUACUCACAAGCACCACCGGAUGGAGUGUUUCUUGUGAAAUGCUGGGCCGAUAUUCAUUUCAAUAUCGAUUUUGAGACGGCCCUUUUCGCCGUCGAUUCUCACUACGUUUCUUCUCAAAAUUUUCCGACACUCCGAAUUUCGACAAUGGCCUGUUCAUUUGGGAAAGUUGCGGUCGAGAAAAUUGAGGAAGUUCCCGUUCGAUUGGUGGACGGCCAUUUCGAGUAUCGCUUAGAGAAGUCUCCUGUUUGUCAAUGGUUGGUCGACUUUGUGACCCAAUUGAAGAGUCUCGAGACGGUCGCCGAAAUGAAUCGAGUACUCGAGAAUUUCAGCGUUUUGCAAGAGCUCCGCGGGAUCAAAGAGGACAAAAGCGAGGAAUCGUUGAUGGUUUUCGGGAUUCUCUUCGCCAUCGGUGACAUGAACAAUAUUGAGUCCGAGUUUUUCCGUAUCAAGGCC